AUGUCACAGCUUCUCGGCUGGCUUUACUUUUCCUGCUGGUCCCUGUCAUUUUAUCCAACUAUUGUCUCUAACAUCAGACUAAAAUCAGUACAGGGAAUAUCGAUUGACUUCAUGUUUUUCAACACUGCAGGCUUCACUCUAUAUUCUCUCUACACAGGGUUUUUGUGUUACAAUGCUACAGUACAAUAUGAAUUUUAUCUUCGUCAUGCCAAGUACCCAUUAAUCAAAUCUAAUGAUUUCUUUUUUGGUGUUCAUGGGCUUCUCCUCAAUCUGCUGCUUAUCAGUCAAGCUUAUAUUUGGGGAUUCAAAAAAAACGAUAAUCAGGUCAUCUCCAAGACAUGCAAGCUUGUAUAUGCUGCCUUGAUUUUGUUUUCUGCUGGGUACGGCUUAAUAAUCCACUUUACUUAUGGGACACGGUACUGGGUUGAUCUUCUCACGUCGCUAGGUAUGGCUAAAAUAUUCAUGAGCGUGUGCAAGAAUAUCCCACAGGCUGUGUACAAUUACAAUCGGAAGUCAACUCAUGGCUGGCCGAUUCAAAUGGUAUGGCUUGAUUUUGCUGGUGCGGUGUUCUCUUUCUCGCAGCUCUUCUUGGAUGCUUAUGUCGCUGGCGACGUGAUAAGCAUCUUCAACAAUUUGCCGAAGUUUUUGCUGAGUAUUGAAGUCGCCUUAGCUGAUGUGGUCUUCUUUACCCAGCACUACGUCUUAUACUAUCAGAAAGACAACGAACGGUACCGUCUAUCUAAACCCUUUAACUCAUACAGCGCAAUAUUAGAGGAGGAUCAAAAUUUCUUGCGCGAGCAUCAGCACGAUCAUGAUCAUGGGCCUUUCCACAACAUCCACUGCACCGUAAGUCCAAUUGAUAAAGACGAACUUCAACGUCUUUUACCCUAG